ACAACAGCAGCAACAGCAACUACACCACCACCACCAACAACAACAACAAACAACAGCAGUUGCUCACCAACAGCAGUUGACCAACCUCACCAAUGGAAAAAGCCGACUCCACCCCGUCGAGCUCGUCAGGGUCCCUCACGCCCUCCUCGCCCGCGGCAUCAAACCUCCUCCCUCCGCGCUCGCCGGCAUCCCCCUCGACCGCCCGCGGCCGCGCGCGCUCGUCCUCGAUCGCAGAGAUGCUCGCGACGCCACCGCCCGUUUCUGCUGCCGUCCCGUUCUCGUCCUGGCAGGGCGUCACGCUCGGAUCGCUGAUGCAGCACGACAAGCUGCUGUCGAUUACGGGCGACGUCCCGGUCGCGGCUGCCUACGACAAGAUGGUUGAAAACAACUUCACCUCGCUGGCGGUGCUGAUGAAGCCCGGCGUCGACAACACUGUCGCCGAGAGCUUUGAUUACUCCGACAUUGCCUCGCUGCUGCUGCUCGUCAUGGGUCACCUCAAGCUCAAGUCCGGCGUCGAGCCCUCGAAUCUGGAGGAGAACGUGCGCAAGGCGCGCGCGGGCUUCGACGUCCCGGUCAACUUUGUGCUUGAUCUGAGUCCGCGCGAGCCGUUUAUCACUCUGCAGGCCUCCGACACGAUCUUGACUGCGGUCGAGUAUUUCGGCCGGGGACUGCACCGGCUGCUUGUGACGGACGACGCCGAGAAAGAGGUCAUGGGUCUGCUCUCGCAGCGCCGGCUGGUGCGGUAUUUGUGGGACAACGCGCGGUCGUUUACCGACAUUGAGCCGCUGUUCCAGUCGACGCUGCAGGAGCUGGGAAUCGGGUCGGGGAAAGUGAUUGCGAUCGGCGGCGAUAAGCUUGUGGUCGAGGCGUUUGAGAAGAUGCACAACGAGUCGGUCUCGUCGUUGGCGGUUAUCGAUGGCGAGAAUAACUUGCUGGGGAAUAUCUCGAUCGUGGACGUCAAGCAUCUGACAAAGUCGACGUCGGCGCAUUUGUUGCAGGUCACUUGUUUGCAGUUUUUGACAGUCAUCUUGACCGAUCGGGGACUCGAGAACGGGAAGGACUCGUUCCCUGUUUUCCACGUCACUCAGAAUUCAACACUGGCUCAUACCAUUGCCAAGCUGGUUGCUACAAAGUCUCACAGAAUGUGGAUUGUGCAAGGAAGCCAGCCGUACGGCUCCUCCCCCAGCCCGGCCGCUGCAGGCUCGCAACCGCACGGUCUAAAAUCACCCAACCUGCGCGCGCAAUCGCCCUCCCCGAUCGCGUCCUCGCCCAAACUCGUCCCCGUCGCGUCCCCCUCGAUCGGCACCGGCACGCGUGGCCGCGGCGGCAAGCUGGUCGGCGUCGUCUCGCUGACGGAUAUCUUGUCUGUGCUGGCAAAGUCUGCAGGGAAAGGAGACGUGGACCCGUCCGAAGCCAGACGGCAACGGAGACGGAGCUCGUCUAGUAGUGUGCGCUCGUUGACGCUGGACGCGAACGCGAGACGGAGCGUGAGUGUUGAGAGAGGGGCGUAUGCGCCGCGGGGAUCGAUGGACCGGGGAGGGAGAAGAUAGUGUAUUAUGUUGAAGCUACAGCGUGUUUAUGAUUCUCAUUCUCUUGAAAGUGUAUGUUGUGUUUGUGUGCAUAUGUGAUGUUAUUUCUAGUUUUGUUUUGUGUUUUGGAAGCACUCCACAUGUUAAUCAGUGUUGAUGUUGAAUUGAUUCUGAUAUCAGGUCAUGUCCUUCAGGGUGCGGCUCCUUGUUUAUGCGUCUGCUACGUCACCGCAUAAACCACAGAUGUCACUGCUCUAGUUGAAUAGGAUAGGACACGUCUUAUAACAACUAUUCAUACCAGUUGAUACCACUCUUCU